UGGCCCCAAGUCAGAAGACAAAUUUGGGUUUUUGGUUGGUCAGGUCAGGUACCUUUCGUGGUCGUUAACCAUGAUCUCUCAAUUCCUCAAUUUCUCCAUUUUCAACUAGUGUCCCCAACAUCAUCGUCAUGGUCACAGUGAAUCAACCAAUCCAUAAUAACGAAGCUUCCGACAAUAACGCGACAACAACGACUUUUAGUCGUAGAUUCAAUAGGGGAGGGACCAUUUUCUAUAAUCAAUUUUUUCAGAUCUCCCUCUCCUAAACCCCUACAUUACUAGUGGAUCGACUCUAUUACAUAAGUUAAUUCCUAGUAAUUUUUAUCUUACGUCAUGAGAUAAGUACACAGUUAUUAUUGUAUGGAUCUUUAAUAGCGGGUCGAUUCUACUCCUGUUCUAUGUAUUUAUAUACAGAUUUAAAAAGAUCUAUAUAUACAAGCAAUAGAUUGGACAAGCUCGGUAUCCAUUGACUUUCAAAUCCUCAAUUACUAUAGCUUUGAAUUGGCUGGUGGAUUGUGAUUUGUUCCAGUUCUGUCUUUUUCUGAGGUGAUAAUUGAGUUUUUUUUUUUUUUUUUUCAAGUCUGUUUGGCGGGAAACUGGAUUUAUCCUCAUCUUACAUUUUGUAAUUUUGAAUUACUGGGCCAUUGUUAUUUUAAGUAAGGUCUUUAUCGUGAUCCCUUUUGGGGGACUCUACGCAUUUGACCUUGUAUUAUAUGCUUAAGAAGUAAGGAAAAGAUAGAAGAAGAGGAUGACGAUUUCGGACAAUAGCAGAGGGUUAAUUCUGGCAAUAUCAUCAAGCUUGUUUAUUGGAACAAGCUUUAUCUUGAAGAAGAAAGGUCUCAAGCGUGCUGCUGCUGCUGGCAAUCGAGCAGGAGUUGGAGGCUAUGCUUAUUUGCUUGAACCACUUUGGUGGACAGGCAUGAUAACAAUGAUCGUUGGGGAGGUGGCCAAUUUUGUGGCUUAUAUAUAUGCUCCAGCAGUUCUGGUGACCCCUCUUGGUGUUUUGAGUAUAAUUAUCAGUGCUGUUUUGGCACACUUCAUGUUGAAAGAACGAUUGCAAAGAUUAGGUGUACUAGGAUGCGUUUCAUGCAUAGUAGGCUCAGUGGUUAUUGUUAUCCAUGCACCUCAGGAGCAUAUGCCAGCUUCUUUGGAAGAAAUCUGGAUUUUGGCAACUCAACCAGCAUUUUUGGUUUAUGUAGCUGCAACUUUGUCGAUGGUGCUAGCUUUGAUUUUGUAUUUUGAGCCUCUCUAUGGGCAGACAAAUAUAUUGGUUUAUUUGGGAAUCUGUUCCUUAAUGGGUUCAUUCACGAUUGUCAGCAUAAAGGCUAUUGGAAUUGCAAUAAAACUUACUUUGGAAGGAAUUAGUCAAGUUGCUUAUCCUCAGACAUGGUUUUUUCUUACUGUUGCAGUGAUAUGCGUCAUCACACAGCUGAAUUACCUUAAUAAGGCACUGGAUACAUUCAACACCGCAAUUGUUUCUCCAAUAUAUUAUGUAAUGUUCACCACCAUGACCAUUGUCGCAAGUGCAAUAAUGUUCAAGGACUGGGCAGGACAAAGUGCCAGCGACAUAGUUUCUGAGAUAUGUGGAUUUAUAACAGUACUUUCAGGGACAAUCAUGCUCCAUGUCACUAGGGAACAGGAACCAGUUACUGCGCCAGGAACUGUAACAUGGUACGACGGGGAACACAUAAAGUCUAUAGAGGAUGGACAUUACAUCCUGUUGCAUGAUUCAGAAUACUUAGACUCGUAUAGUGUCUUGGCGAAGAAUUAGAGAAGUUGUUUGCAGAACUGGAAAUUCUACUCAGAGCUGAUACUUGAUUUGUGCAUUGGAGGGAAUGGGCAUUUUUGCUUAAGCUGAUUGCUCUUGAGCUUUACGUCUUCCUGACUAUUUCUUCCUAUGUGCACAAUUCUGGGAAAGGCUAGAGGACGAGGCCACCUCGUAUUUGAAACUUGGUCAUGAUUUUCUGAAGAUUUCUUGACCAAGAUGGGGAUACAUCUGAACAUGGUUUUCUUGCAAAUCUCUUAUUGCUGUCGGGGUUUGUACAUAAAUGGCUUCUUUUUAUGUUGUAGCAUAUUAUUCAUUAAUUUAUCAGAAUGAGAUAUACCAAGCAUAUAUUGUUCUGAAGGA